AUGAGGGAGACUCAUCAUCCCCGCACGCACGGAGCUACCAAGGAGUAUACAAUAACCGAUAUCCAGGUGGCUACUUCUCCGCUAUACUCCCCACCCCCACCUCCACGGGCCAAGAUAAAAUCUGACGAACGAGAUAGGUCCCACUCCGUCGCGAGCUGGGGCGGCAUCCUCCUAGAUCUCUGCAAAAACGUCGAAGACUCCCAGGCCGGCAGCAAACACCAGCACCUCCGAUUCAUCACCGGCCGGCAUGACCUCCCCUUCUACUACAAAGAGGAGAUCAAGAUCCAGCGCAGCUUCCUAGACGCCUUCCUCAAGGUCAAAUGCCACGAGUACUGGCCUACAGACCAAACACCUAAGGCCGAUCUCCUGCUGCAAAAAGGCGAUGUGGGAUUCAACAACGGCGAGGCUGAGAAGCAGUACCCUCGUCGGACGGAGACGGAGUGGCCCGUCGCUCGGACGCAGUACACACGGUCACUAUCUCAUCCCAGACCAGGAACUAGUUAUAUCACACCCCGCGACCGUCCCACCUUCCAAUUCCUCACCUCUGCCUCCGAGAAGGAGACUGAGAUUACCGGGCACAUCUUCGCGCAUCUCAACGUAGUCAUGAGCCUGUACCCCGCGUCCCCAACACCAAAGGGCGUCGACCUCUUCCUCACCGCUGGCGACCCCGUCCGAAGCUGA